CUCUAGUAUCGCGCUUUUCAUCCCUGUGUUGUGAAUGAAUUUUGCUGGUAUUAGUGCCAUAGAUCUUUCGGGAAAACGAAAAAACCACGAGGUGCGAUUAGAAGGCGUUCUUACAUAUUAAGGAAAAAAUAAGUUAAUAUUAACAACAAAACAAGAUGUACAGAUUCUCAAAAUUAAUUCGAAGCAAUAACUUCAACAGACUUGCAACACGAACAUACGCGAAAGAUGUUCGCUUUGGUGCAGAAGUUAGAGCUCUUAUGUUGCAAGGCGUCGAUAUCUUAGCAGACGCAGUUGCAGUGACAAUGGGUCCAAAAGGACGAAAUGUCAUUCUUGAACAAAGUUGGGGCAGCCCCAAAAUUACCAAAGACGGCGUUACUGUUGCCAAGGGAGUUGAAUUAAAAGACAAGUUUCAAAAUAUUGGAGCAAAACUAGUUCAAGAUGUAGCUAAUAAUACAAAUGAAGAAGCCGGAGACGGCACAACAACAGCCACAGUAUUAGCCAGAGCAAUCGCCAAGGAGGGCUUUGACAAAAUCAGUAAAGGAGCGAACCCAGUUGAAAUUCGUCGUGGCGUAAUGCUUGCGGUGGAAAAAGUAAAAGACGAAUUGAAGGAAUUAAGUAAACCAGUGACAACUCCUGAUGAAAUUGCUCAAGUGGCAACCAUUUCUGCGAAUGGCGACACAGCUAUUGGAAAUUUGAUUUCCGAUGCUAUGAAGAGGGUUGGCAAAGAGGGAGUUAUAACAGUGAAAGAUGGAAAAACACUGAAUGACGAGUUGGAGGUGAUCGAAGGAAUGAAAUUCGAUCGCGGAUAUAUCUCGCCAUAUUUCAUGAACUCAACUAAAGGUGCAAAAGUCGAGUUUCAAGAUGCACUCGUUCUCUUUAGUGAGAAGAAAAUUUCAUCCGUACAGAGUAUAAUUCCAGCACUAGAGCUAGCCAACUCCCAGAGAAAGCCACUCGUCAUUAUUGCUGAAGAUGUUGAUGGAGAAGCUCUUUCCACUUUAGUUGUUAAUCGAUUGAAAAUUGGCCUGCAAGUUGCUGCCGUUAAAGCGCCUGGAUUCGGAGAUAAUAGGAAGGCUACUCUUCAAGAUAUGGCCAUUUCCGCUGGUGGAAUUGUCUUUGGAGAUGAAGCUAAUUUAAUUAAAUUGGAAGAUGUACAGUUGAGCGAUUUGGGUCAAGUAGGAGAAGUUAUUAUUACAAAAGACGACACACUGUUCCUGAAGGGAAAAGGUGAAAAAACGGACAUUGACAAGAGAGCGGACCAAAUUCGAGACCAAAUUACAGAAACUACAUCCGAUUAUGAGAAGGAAAAAUUACAAGAACGCUUAGCGAGAUUAGCCUCCGGUGUAGCUGUUCUGAGAGUCGGUGGCAGUAGUGAAGUAGAAGUUAACGAAAAGAAAGAUCGUGUUCACGAUGCUCUAAAUGCAACGCGGGCAGCUGUAGAAGAGGGCAUUGUUCCCGGAGGUGGUACCGCUCUUCUUAGGUGCAUCCCUGCCUUAGAAAAAUUAGUAGGAGAAAACAAAGAUCAACAAAAUGGAAUAGAAAUUAUAGCUAAAGCAUUGAGAAUGCCAUGCCUACAAAUAGCGCAGAAUGCAGGCGUUGACGCCAGCGUUGUUGUAGCUAAAGUUUCCGAAGGUAAACUUGGUUACGAUGCUUUGAACAAUGAAUACGUGGAUAUGAUCGAAAAAGGAAUUAUCGACCCAACUAAAGUUGUAAGAACAGCACUCAUCGAUGCAGCCGGUGUUGCGUCUCUGCUGACCACAGCGGAGGCAGUAGUUGCAGAAAUGCCAAAAGCUGAACCAGAACAUUCAAUGGGCGGCAUGGGAGGAAUGGGAGGCAUGGGCGGUAUGGGAGGUAUGGGGGGAAUGGGAAUGUAAAUUACAAUAGUAAUCUAAAUGUUUCUGUUUCUACUUAUGUUUUUACGUUUUUAUCUAGUUUUAAAUUAUCUUUUACAUACAUUUUAUAAAAAAAGAGAAAAAAUUCAAAACGUAGUUAAAUUAACUGAAUUAUAUUCAAAUGACUAAAUCAUAUAAUUAAAUUUACUUUUUCUUAUUUUCAAGAGUAAUUAAAGUUCAAAUUCAUAGAAUUCAAAGUCAACGUCACUGUAAUGAUAAUAAUGUCUUAUAUUCAAAUUAAAGUCCUAAAUUUUAUUAAA